AUGAAAAGAGCUGCCACAAUGGAUCAGUUGACAUACACCACAGCAGUUAAAAAGGCACAAUUGGUGGAGAGAAAUCCCCAAAGUCAGUUGGAUCCCCUGCGUGUUUCUAUGCACGACCAGGAGGACAUUAUUGCCUUAGCUCAACAAAUCCAGAACGCGGACAAACAACUCAAAAACACCACUUGCCACAAGCUUGGAGUAAUAAUGGACCAGAUCAAGAUGCUGCAAGCUCAGGCCAUGGAAAUAUUAAAAGAGUCAAAUGUCAACCGGGAUCUGCACAAUGCCGCUUGUAAUUUUACGAAGAAACCCGGACAAAUCUAUCAUCUUUAUCAAAGGGCAUCAGGUCAAACAUAUUUCAGCAUGCUCUCGCCGGAAGAAUGGAAUCAUUCGGUGGACCAAACAUAUAAGGGCAGCUAUAGACUAGAAUUCGAUUUAAGUUGGACACCGCUGGACAAGAUAAAACAGCAAGAUGAGAGGCUCAAAUGGGCGGAGGAAUGUAUGGAGAGGGCCUUGGACAGUGGACGAGGCUCAGCUAUGGCUAUUGACUUUAACAUUAAUCAUGAAUAAAAUGGUUUAUAUUCUUGUA